CCUCCUCAACCAAAUCCCGAGAAAGCGGAGGCCGCGCGGAACGCGGCGUGGAAUGGGUCGCGCGGUGACAGAGGCGACCGAGAUGCGCGUUCCCCCAGCGAUCGAUUCGUGGAGGCAGUGACAGAGCGCGACGACAAGGUCAUGCCGCCCGUUGGGGCCAAGCAUUGUAGGUGUAGCCCAUGGCGGACGCUCCCUACCCCUUCCUCGAGCUGGCCCCAACCCUAGUCCGUCGCAUUGCCCUUCCCCCUUCCUUCUUUAUCGUUGUAGAUUCGUUUUGAUUUGCAUCGGUUCUUUUGUUCGCGGGCAUGGCGGAGGUCCCCAAGUUGCUCUACAUUGUCGUGGUCGACGAUGUCGGAGAAGAGAAGGAAGGGGGCGAUGGCGAGAGGCAAAGGCGGAGCUUGUCCUUCCGGUACACGCGGUCGGUGCUGCAGAGCACGCUGCAGCUCAUGGGUUGCAAGGCUCGUCAUUCUUUCAAGAUUAGCAGAAGGGUGUUUGAAGUGAUGAAAGCUGAGUACUCGAGCUGCAGUUUGCCUCCUGAUGAUCCAAGUCCAGAUGUCUCGAAUGUCUCAUCCCCAGAAGAAAACAAGCGUAACACAAAUGCCUCCCUUGAUGAGGCAGAGAAGACUAACCAUUUGACGCAAGACAAAGUUGAUUUGAGUAGUCGAAUGCCGUUCGAGUUGUACAAAAGACUAACAACUGUGGUUGUACCACGGAAAUGCUUCUUACAAAUUGUUUGUGAUGCGCUUGCCAUGUACAAAUAUGUUGCUCCCAAUCAAAUGUCUGACUUGCGCCUUGCUUGCAGGAUUCGAGAAAAGAAAGAAUCUGUGACAGUUCUUUUGUGUGGCGCUAGUGGUUGUGGCAAGUCUACCUUGUCUUCCUUGCUGGGAGGGAGACUGGGCUUGACAACAGUUAUUUCUACUGACUCAAUUCGUCAUAUGAUGAGGGGCUUCACAGAUAAAAAACAGAAUGCACUCCUUUGGGCUUCAACAUAUGAUGCUGGUGAAUGCCUAGAUUCAGUAGCAGUUGCAGAAGCAAAAGCUAAACGCAAAGCAAAGAAACUUGCCGUUUCGCGAACACAGUCCAAGGAAGAAGCAACUAAUGGAGUUCUUCAUGAGAAACAUGAUGGCCGAUUCCACGAUCCCGUUAUCGGUACUGAUUUAAUCAGCAAAAAGCAAAUGGCUAUUGAAGGCUAUAAAGCACAAAGUGAGAUGGUCAUUGACAGCCUUGACCGUUUAAUCACUGCAUGGGAAGAGCGCAAGCAAUCUGUCGUUGUUGAGGGUGUCCACUUGAGUCUCAACUUUGUGAUGGGGCUCAUGAAGAAGCACCCUUCAAUAGUACCAUUCAUGAUUUACAUAGUAAACGAAGACAAACAUAUGGAAAGAUUUGCUGUCCGGGCUAAAUACAUGACCCUGGAUCCAACAAAAAACAAGUAUAUAAAGUACAUCCAAAACAUUAGAGCAAUUCAAGAUUAUCUCUCGAAAAGAGCUGAUAAACAUUUGGUUCCAAAGGUAAAUAAUACAAAUGUAGAUCGGAGUGUUGCAGCCAUUCAUGCCACUGUCUUUGACUGCCUUCGCCGGCGAGAGGCAGGGGAGCACCUCUAUGACCCUACUAAAAAUACAGUGGCUCUAAUACAUGAAGUAUACAGAAAGCAGUGUGUUGCUAAUUCUCUUACUUCCAAAGGAAUGUUUCAGUUGAUCCAGAGGAAGGGCUCCUCAAGGAAUCUAAUGGCACUUCUUAAUACUGAUGGAUCCGUCGCCAAAGCUUGGCCUGUUGGGUCAGUUGAUCCUAGUGGCGUCUCAUCCUUCGAAAAUGGAACUGUAAGCCCCAUGUAUGGCCCUUUGCUGAUCGGGAAAGCUGAGCCAGUGAACCUUCAGUUUGGAAAUUUCGGCUUCAGUGCAUGGCACAAAGAUGGAUGUGGUACAAGUCAAGCAGGAAGUAUCCAUGACUCCAAGGAUGAUGGCACCGAUAGUCGAUAUUUCUCUUCUUGUUGCAGCUCUCCAAAGGCAUUAGAUGGGCAUGCUAAAGAGCUUCAGGAGGACUUUUUUGUUGCUGGAAGUGAAGAAGAAGAAGAGGAAGAAGAAGCUGACUACCCUGCUGAAGGGUUCAGCGAUGAGGAUCUCAGUGACAGAGACCACAGUGAGAUGGUAGAUGAGUUUCAAGGCUCUGUCGACGAGAAUUCUAGGUCGGAUGAUGAGUACGAUGACUUGGCCAUGGAAGACGGCAUGGACAAUAGUUAUUUGCCUGAUAAUGAAGUCGAUGAGCCAACAAGCGACAAGGUGGCGCCCGACAUAAUGGUGGCAGCGGACAAGUACCAGUGGAAUCUUGAGCACUUCCUGGGCGAGCAACUCGCCGGGCCAUCUUAUUCUUACAGCCUGCUACCGGAGGGAACUGAGGGCGGCGGCGCCAAUGGCAUUAAAGCGAGGAGACGGUCCUUGAGUGACCCCUUCCAACUACCAAACAGGGCACAAGGCAUCCCGCUGAAAAUUUUGUAGACGCCAAGUGAUCUUGUUUUUCUGUAUCUUCGUAUAACCCAAGAUUUAAGGAACGUCCCAUGUUAAAACUGGAAGUAGGAUUAUGGAACUUAAUAGAAUUACACUGCCAAUGCAAGGUCCUCUGUUAUGUUUUAACUGUCUCAAGAAUUUCUUGGCACAAUACAAACAAUAUUUCAUAUUUUGAAUAACAUUUAGAUAUGUAAUUGUGUUAAUGACUUAUUAUAUUUAAA